AUGACGCAAGAUUUGACCUCGACUAUAAAUAUAUUAGCCCGGUAUCCCAUACAAAUUGACUCUGAUGUUAUUGUAGCCCAUAAAAACACGACGAAAAUCAAAUUAUAUGAAGUCUAUAAUACCGGAUUUCAUUACAAUGGUAAGUUCAAAGUCGUGGACUUAGGGUUUUGGAAUUCUUCACUAUUUAUAAAAGAACGGGACAGGAAAAAUCUACAUGGCUUGAAAAUCAAGAUAGCAGCAAUCAUACUACCAACGGCCGAACUUCGUUAUGAAACUGUAGAACAAUACAUGGAAAAGGCUCGUUCGAAAUUCGAUACAGUUCACCGAAUCAAGUUUUUUAUUCUAUUGAAAUACAUGCGAGACAUGUAUAAUAUUAGCUACGACGUUCAUCGAACGACCUCGUGGGGCUAUAAGCGAAAUGGCACCUUCGAUGGAAUGGUUGGCGCCCUUCGACAUGGGAUGGCAGAUAUAGGUGCCGCACCUUGCUUCUUCAGAAGUGAUAGAGCUGAAAAUGUCAAUUAUAUAUCUGAAGUUUGGAUGUCUCGGCACAGCUUCAUAUUUCGCCAUCCGAGACAUACAGGUGGAUAUUAUACUAUAUAUACUCGACCAUUAAGUGGCGUCGUGUGGUUAUGUACUAUCGCUUUGAUUGUGGUGACGGCCAUGGUGACAUGGAUCAUGCUGAAGAUGCAAGGGAGCCGCGUAAAGGGUCAAGACGCCUCGCUUAGUCUUGCUGGCUUAGCUAUUUGGGGUGCAGUAUGUCAGCAAUAUAUGUUCAUUCGUCAAGAGACAACAUCAGUAAAACUGGCCACGUUUGUUAUCUUUGUAUUCGCCCUUACCGUAAACCAGUACUAUGACGCUACUUUAGUGUCGUCUCUGUUGAUGGAACAGCCGAGGAAUAUUAAAACGCUUAAAGAUCUUCUGGAUAGUGAUUUAAAGGUUGGAGCGGAUGAUAUUGCUUAUAACAUGGAUUAUUUCAAGCGUACAACAGACCCUGUAGCUAUGGAAUUGUACAGAAGAAAAAUACACACCUCCACACAAUACAACUUUUUUAAAUCCGAGGAAGGCAUGGCUCUGGUCAAGAAAGGGGGGUUUGCCCUUCAUGUGGACACAGCAAUUGCCUUCCCUAUUAUUAAAGAGACCUUCAAAGAGAGAGAGAUAUGCGACACUCAGUUGGUACAAAUGUACCCAUUGCAGAAAUGUGGUGUGGUCAUUAGAAAAAAAUCACCAUAUAAGGAACAUAUUACUUUUGGGAUCCGUAAGAUGUACGAGGCUGGUUUACUUCGCCGUAUAAAGGCAGAUAUCGAUGUGUCUAUGCCCGAAUGUGCGCACACGGUCGACUUGAGCGUAUUUCGCGUCAGCAUCAGAGAGUUUUCUAUGCCACUAAUGAUACUGACGUUCGGUAUUGUUUUGUCAUGGGGCAUAUUUGUCGUGGCGGUGCUAGUCAGCAGGAUAUUAAUGAAAAGGAGGCGUACAACUUUUAUGCAUUAG